CCCGCGUUCUGGAUUACUUCACCUUGAUAAUUGAUUCAUCUGCAACACUCCGGAUCCUGGUCCUUCAUUGCCAAGCAUUUCGAAUAACACAUUCAAUUCUUUCUGCCGAGUAAGACCAUCCAAUGGCUGCGGAAAACUACCAAGCUGCCAUCGACCUCAUCGACGAAGCCCACGCCCAAGACCCAAACAUCGUCACUCUCGACGGCCAAAAUGUCCCCUACGAGCUGCACUAUGCCCAGAAAAUGACACACUACCUCUCCCUGCGUGCUCCUGAUGCGUCUCCGGUCCUCAAAGUUGCGAUCCGCGCACAGCAUUUCCGGCGAUGGGAAGUGCCCCGCGAUUCCUAUCCGAUGACGAAAGCCGGCUACCUGAACUGGAGGAGCUUCUUGAAGAAGAGGCAGGCUGAUCUAGCAGCUGCGAUAUGCAUUGGAUGCAACUUUACAAAGGAGGAGGCAGAAGAAGUGGCGAAGUUGAUACGCAAGGAGGAUUUGAAGAAGAAUGAGGAUACACAAAUAUUGGAGGACGUGGCUUGUUUGGUGUUCCUGGAUGAUCAGUUUGAGAAUUUUGAGAAGGAGCAUGACGAGGAGAAGAUAAUUGGGAUAUUGAAGAAGACAUGGGUGAAAAUGAGCGAUAAAGGACAUGAAUUGGCGUUGAAGAUACCCAUGUCGGAUUCGAGUAAGGCGUUGAUCGGGAAGGCUUUACAAGGGUAAGGGUGGACGAAAUAAAGUACUGCAUAUAUACUUCCUGAUUUGGAGUUCACAUUGUUGAUAUGUCAGAGAAUGCU